AGUCUGGUAAAGGGGCCUGAUCUGAUUGAUGUCUCUGAAUAAAAUGCAUGCUAGCUUGGCCCUGCAAAGAUCUCUUUCCAGGGCCUAAAAAAAAAAGGAUCUCUUUCCAGCACCUCCAUCCACUCUCGCCAACAGCAGAGAUUCCAUCUUUGUCAUGACAGUCUCUGGACAAAUCUCAGUGCUGCUCUUUGCUAACAAAUGCAUACCCUGCUUGGCAGCUCUUGCUGAUUCUUCAUCCAUACAUGCUGUCAAAAGAGCAGCCAAGUAGCCUGCAAGGUUCUUUUAAUCUUUUAAUCUUUUAGUCUUCUAAACUUGUCGGAGUGUAGGCCGGUCCAAAGCAAUCUGAACACUCUGGUGCAUCAUCUGUUAAUUCUUUACCUAAUGCCAACCACUAGCGUAAUAUGUCCCGCAACUCUCUUUUAGUUAAAAAGUGCUCAUAUUCUUCAGACAAAUCUGUCUGUAUGUAUGUUGCCUUUUGCUCUGGAACCGAAGGAGAGCACAUAGUUACUGCAGUCUGCAGAGCAGAAAUGUUCGGCCGGACGGGCGUGUACCGGGCGUUCAUGUUCAGCAGCCCGACGAUCCUGAUGUCCACCCCGGAGGCGUGCAAGCAGGUGCUCAUGGACGACGACGCUUUCAUCACCGGCUGGCCCAAGGCCACCGUCGCGCUCAUCGGCCCCAAAUCCUUCGUCGCCAUGCCCUACGACGAGCACCGCCGCCUGCGCAAGCUCACCGCCGCGCCCAUCAACGGCUUCGACGCGCUCACCAGCUACCUGCCCUUCAUCGACCGCACCGUCACCUCGUCGCUGCGCGCCUGGUCCGACGAGUCCGCCGCCGCCGGGGGCGAGGUCGAGUUCCUGACGGAGCUCCGGCGGAUGACGUUCAAGAUCAUCGUGCAGAUCUUCCUCGGCGGCGCGGACGACUACACCAUGCGCGCGCUGGAGCGGAGCUACACCGAGCUCAACUACGGGAUGCGGGCCAUGGCCAUCAACCUCCCCGGCUUCGCCUACCGCAGGGCCCUCAUGGCGCGCAAGAAGCUGGUGUCGGUGCUGCAGGGCGUGCUGGACGAGAGGAGGGCGGCGACGGCGAAGGGGUUCACGAGGUCCAGCAGCGUGGACAUGAUGGACCGGCUGAUCGAGGCGGAGGACGAGCACGGCCGGAGGCUGGACGACGACGAGAUCAUCGACAUCCUCAUCAUGUACCUCAACGCGGGCCACGAAUCCUCCGGCCACAUCACCAUGUGGGCCACCGUCUUCCUCCAGGAAAACCCAGACAUCUUUGCAAGGGCUAAGGCCGAGCAGGAGGAGAUCAUGAGGAGCAUUCCACCGACGCAGCAGGGGCUGACGCUGAGGGACUUCAGGAAGAUGGAGUACCUCUCACAGGUGAUCGACGAGACGCUGCGCUCCGUCAACAUCUCGUUCGUGUCGUUCCGUCAGGCGACCAAAGACGUCUUUGUGAACGGGUACCUGAUCCCAAAGGGUUGGAAGGUUCAGCUGUGGUACAGAAGCGUUCACAUGGACCCUGAAGUUUACCCUGACCCCAAGAAGUUCAACCCAUCAAGAUGGGAGGGCCAGACGCCGAGAGCCGGCACAUUCCUUCCAUUUGGACUCGGGGCGAGGCUGUGCCCCGGCAACGAUCUCGCAAAGCUGGAGAUCUCCGUCUUCCUCCACCAUUUCCUUCUUGGUUACAAGCUGACGAGGACGAACCCAAAGUGCCGGGUCAGAUACCUGCCUCACCCUAGGCCGGUGGACAACUGCUUGGCGAAGAUCACCAAAGUGUCAGAGGAAUAAUAAGUUAGCAAACCUAGCUGGGGCCGAAAAGGGCCGGACCAUUGUCCUCAGUGCAAAAAUAAAACAAACGGGUAAAGUAUUGCAUGACAUGUUCUAGGCAUCAACAAUGUGGCUGUCUGUAUUGAUAUGUUGGGCUGUUUCCUUCUUGUUGUC